AGAGUCCAGUCAACAACAAGGCUCGUUCGGAUCACUCUGAAGGAGGGCGUCAGUAAAGAGAGCGUCCCUCAUCAACUGCGCUUCUUCGGCGGCUCUGCACUCGUCCUAAUGCCCGGACGAGCCCCGCUCUGCCUCCGGUGUAAGAAGACCGGCCACAUCCGAAAGGACUGCCGCGUCCCCCGUUGUGACGAUUGCCACCGUUACGGCCACACAAGAGAAACCUGCGUCAAAUCUUACGCAGUGGCAACGGCCGGACCACUUCCGGACGAGAACACCGACCUUAUUAUGGACGAGGCAGAAGCCGAGCUAGCUGCCAGUGCGAACGCCUCCGUAAGGACGCUUCCUGCGGCCCCGAGGAUUGCCGAAACGCCGACGUCUGGAACCAGGGAACCUUCUCCACAGGUCGAGCUCCCCUCGGACGCUCCCUCUGGGGAAUCACAGCGAGGCGGCAUGGAGGCGCCUGUUACAACGCCUGGGGAAGAGUCGCAACUUACAGCCAAGGUACCAGAACCAGAUGGUGGGUUCUCGGACAGCGAAAUGCGGGACGAAGCCAUGGUAGCGGGAGCCGCUACAUCAACCAAGCGACCGCAUAAGCAAGACCGAAGCGCUAGGGCAGAGGACGGUAUGCCGACCCAACAGCGUUCGAAACUGGUCACGCCGGGUCGCGGACGGCGCAAGCCGCUCACGCUCCAUGCGGCUCUGGACAACCGCCUCGAGACGGACUCUUAG